AUGUCUGAAACCGAAGCAGAUGGGAAUAUGGAAGCACAUACAACUGAAGAUGUUGAUGCAAAUGAUUUGUUAGAAGCAACAUAUGAAACUGAAGAAAUAAAAGAUGCAAAUGUUGAAUAUGAGGAAGAUGGACCGAACAAUGAAAGUAUUUUAGGAAAGGUUUUCGAUACAACCGAUGAUGCAUAUAACUUUUAUAAUGAUUAUGCAUUUGUACAUGGAUUUGGUAUACGUAUUCAUACCACAUGCAAAAAUAAGGGAACAAAUGAACCUUAUCGAAAGACACUUGUAUGCGACAAAGAAGGUUUUAAACGGGAGGAUGGUAAUACUUCAAUUGGAAAUGAGAAAAAACGUCGUAGAGAAGUUAGGAUCGGAUGCAAAGCAAUGUUUCGAAUUUCAAAAAAGAAAGAUGGGAAAUGGUUUGUGGACUUGUUUGAUGACACACACAAUCACGAAUUGAGCAUGACACCAACAAAAGUGAUGAAGCAUCGGUCUCAUGCGAAGUUCCACCGUACAAUGGAAUGUAAAUCUCUCAUGGUGGAACUUAAUCAAGCAGGGUUGAAACCUUCUCAAAUUAAAAAGGCUAUUAAUGCAAUGAAAACCUCAAAUGAAGUUGAUGUUACUUCAAAACAAUGUGUUGAUGUAUUAUCUGAGCAACGAAAACACAACAAAGGAAGGGAGUUUUAUGGACUAAUAAAACAUUUACAAGAUAAAGCAUUAGUGGAUAAUGAUCAGUAUUAUGUUGUGGAUUUGUGCAGUGAUGGUUGUCCUAGAAAUAUUUUUUGGGCUGAUGGAAGAUCAAGAGACGAUUUUACUAAAUUUGGAGAUGUUGUUGUCUUUGAUGUAACUUAUAUGACAAAUAAAUUCAAGAUGCCUUUUGCUCCAUUUACUGGGGUGAACCAUCAUGGACAGUCUGUACUUUUUGGUGGAGCGUUGCUAGAAAACGAAAAGGAAGAAACUUUUGUAUGGUUGUUUGAGCAUUUCCUUAAAUGUAUGUUUAGCAAGUACCCAAAAGCUAUUAUUACUAAUCAAGACAAAGCUAUGGGUAAUGCAAUAAAAAAAGUGUUUCCAAACGCUCGACAUCGCUUUUGUGCAUGGCAUAUAAAAAAACAUGAAUUAGAGCACCUUCGACCAUAUGUUGCUCGUUAUAGUGAUUUUCAAGAAUCAUAUAAAGAAUGGGCAAUGAGUGACACAAUUGAAGAAUUUGAAACUAGGUGGGAAGUUAUACGUGAUAAGUAUAAACUUGAAAGCAAUUGUUGGAUAACUGAUAUGUAUAACCAACGAGUACAUUGGGCUAAAGCCUUCUUAAAGGAUAUUUUCUUGGCCGUGCAAUAUGACAAAGCAGUUGCUUCACGAAGGGCCGCCGAAGAAGAUGAAGAUUUCAAGACUAUGAACUCGAGGCCAGUUCUUUCCUCAAGACAUCCAAUUGAAGCAAAAGCAGGUGAGUGUUAUACUAGAAAGGUAUUUGAGAUUUUCAAAAAAGAAUGGAUGGAAGCUACUAGCAAUUUAACGCAUGAGACUAUAAGCAAAACUACAGAAAAAAUCAAGUAUCGAGUUGGACAAUUGGACAUUGACAAAAAAUAUUGGCGAAUUGUUACCUUUUAUUUGUCAAAUAAGAUCCAUGUCACAUGUUCUUGUGCUAAGUAUGAGACUUGUGGGAUUUUAUGUAAACAUAUCUUAUAUGUGAUGAAGAAAAGGCAUGUUGACACACUUCCGAGUCACUACAUUUUACCUAGGUGGACCCUUAAUGCUAGGUACAAGGUGGGUAAGCGUAGUAUCGGACUCGAAGAAAUGAAUAACGGAAAUGGGGUUAGUGCUUACACUUUAUGGUGUGUUCGUUCAAAUUUUAAUAAAGUAAUUGAACAAGCAAAAGAGUCCCCUUCAGAAAUAGAAAAUGUCAAUAACGUAUUGAUAAAGCUCUUACAAGAUCAAGCAAUACGGAAAAAAACUUUACCAGUUGAGAACGUAUCUCAAGGUUCUUGUGUGAGAAUUUCACAAGUUGAUAUGUUGCCUCAAUUAUUUGUCCGGGAUCCUCUUGCUCCAACCAACACGAAAGGGCGUCCUAAAAUUGCUAGUAGAAUCAAGUCUUCUUUAGAAGUGCCAAAAAAACGAACAUGCUCUUAUUGUCAAGGAUUAGGUCAUUAUGCUACUAGUUGUUCUAAAAGAAAGGUAGAUGAAUCGUUGCAAGAGAAACAUUGA